CUUGAUGCACGAUGGGAAUCGAUCGGUGCCACAAUUAGGACGGCGGUCUUUGCCUAUUCGGCCGAUGUCAACACAAACUAUGAGCACAGCCCUAUCUCAUGAUGGAAACCAUCUCAUCCCAUCUUUGCAACCCAUUCGACCGCAAUCACAGCAAUCAAACAAUGGAACUCGAAGAAACCUUUACCAAAUGCCUCGGUGUGUCGAUUCUGGCUGUCAUUGGCCUGAUAUUCCUACCGCCUAUGGCUGGCAUCUGUGAUGGACGGGGACUGCUGGGCCAGUUGGGCUCUACGAUCAUCGAGCUGUAUCCCAUUCUGGGACGGUUCGUUCUCCAAUUCCUUCUUGUCAUGUUCUUCGUCUUUCCUCUCGUCAUGGUGUUCUUUAUGGCACUGUCGUUGCUCAUCUCGUUCAUCUUGUUCCACUACGACCGAGCUUUGGGGAGGGGUAUAGGCCGAGCAAUCAGGGAGGAUGUUGAUUACCGGGAUAAAUAUUGAUUACGAUGUUGGACUGUGAUCGACUGGAAGAGGUUUUUCUGUCAAGAUCACAACCAGAGGUGACUUCAAGCAGGUAGUCAAGAGGAUUACCUGAUAUCUUCUGUUGGAUCUAUCUAUCUUUGAAGCUGUUCCCUACCCCUAAGAUAUGUCUUUUCUAGUCAUGAGCUUCUCACA